AUGCAGCAGCUCAACUGCUCCAGUAGUUCACAACUCACUGAUGCCUUUCCAGUAUGUAUAGCCAGCAGUGCUGUUAUGGGGCUGUGUUUGGUGCUGGGGGUCCCUGGGAAUGUAGCAGCGCUGAGGAUUCUUGCCCAACACUUGAAGGAGAACAGCUUCACCAUUAGACUGAUGCUGAGCCUGGUGGUGUCAGAUCUGCUGAAUCUUCUUACCAUCCCGGUGUGGAUCUGGGCUCUUCUGCAUGACUGGAUCUUUGGCACUGUUGUGUGCAAGAUCAUCUCCUACAUUGACUAUUGGUGCGCCUACUGUAGUGCACUGUGUGUGACUUUUCUGAGCGUUCAGAGAUACAUGCAGGUGCUCCAUCCUCAGAAAUGGGCUAAACUUGGAACCAGAGGAGAGAAUGGCCUUUUGUGUGGAAUAUGGAUCCUGAGUGGAGCGUUGGCUUCAUAUGCUCCAGUUCAGCGUGAUGUCGGAUGCGAGCAAUAUGGAUUCCAGUACUGCUACCAACACUUUAGGAAUGAUACAGACAAAAUAACCACUUCACUUGUGGAAACACUUCAGUUUGUGAUCUGUUUCUUCUUGUUGGUUUUCUUCUACUAUCGUCUUUACAGAAAAGUAAAUGAGUUACCGUUCUUUAGCAGCAACAGAAUGACAAAACUGGUGACCAGAAUCGUCGUGGCAUUCUUUGUAUUCUAUGUCCUGGUUCCUGUUAUCAACAUCUUACUCAUCAUUUCAGUUUUACUCAGGAAUAACCACCUGUCCAAAACCGCAGGCCUUUGUAGCAUAAUGGCCAGAGUUCCGACAUUUCUGAACAGUUGUGUGAACCCUUUCCUGUACACAUUUUCUUUUAGAGAGCUUCACUCUAGCAGUCCUGUGAUGGAGAACACUUAA